AUGGCUUCGGUGCUGAGCGGCGUCAAGCGCUCGUUCGCCGCAGCGUCGGCCGACUGGGACGGACCUACGGCAGCAACUCGACCACAGGCAUUGGAGAGUGAGAGUGCAGCAAACGCAAGAGUAACAACAUCGUCGACAUCCUCAGUGUCCUCGAUAUCCUCCACAAAGUCCGCCUCCUCGGCCAUGGACACCGCAAUUCCAAGGAUACAGCUGCCGGCGACACAUGCAGCCGAGGCCGCAAACCAUUCACGAAACGCAUCGUUGCCCUCCUCCACCUCACAGCCGUCUGGCCGACCACACUAUGACGCUGACGCCUCCGUCAUCCUUACUGGCGUCCGCGGCGCCGGCAAGUCCACUCUCGCCGUGAUAGCGUCUGCGGCGAUGCGCCGCAAGAUCGUCGAGGCCGACAAGGUCUUCUCCGACACCCACGGCCAGCCCAGCGGCGCCUUCCAGCGCGAGCACGGCAUCCUCGCCUACCGCAAGGCACAGUCUGCUGUCCUGCAGCACAUCCUCGAGACGCACCGCCGGGGGGCCAUUAUUGUGUGCUCGUGGAUGGAGCGUGACGUCCAGGCCCGCCUGUCGCAGUGUGCAGCCACCAACCCCAUUGUCCUGAUCCUGCGGGACACGGCGGCCAUCCAGACGCAUCUGCGCGUGUGGGACGACGCGCGCGUCCAGGACCUGGUCACGGCCAGCGGGCCCGUCUUUCGGCGGUGCGCCCGCUUCGAGUUCUUCAACAUCUCGGAGACGCCCUCGACCGGCCUCAGCGAGGCAGCGAGCAUGCGUGUCACGCACAGUGCCCAGGCCAACUCUGCCUCGACCGGCACGACCACCCCCGACGAAGACAGCGACGCCCGCGGGCCCGCGCCCUACCUCACCCUCAAGCGCGCCGAGCGCCACUUCCUCAAGUUCCUGUCCCUCAUCCUGCCCCGCGGCGCCAUCCCCUUCAUCGAGUCCGCCUACCCCCUGGCGUCUCUGGCGACCGAGGACCGCCAGUUCACCUAUGCCCUCUCGGUUCGCCUGUCCGACUUUGCCGCCGGCGAUGUGGACGUCGAGGAGAUGGAGGCCGGUGCCGACGCCAUCGAGCUGAUUGUCGACUGCGUCCCCGCCGCCCGCGACACCGCCUAUCCCCGGCUCAUCACGCCCCAGCAGGCCAACAACAUCAGCCGCAUCGUCAGCCACAUCCGCCGCAGUACGGUGAUUCCCAUCAUCUACCACGUCGUGCUGCCGGACCCGGAUACGGCGGCACAGAACGAAAACCAGUGCAGUGCCUACCUGUCGCACGUGCUGCACGGCCUGCGCCUGGCCCCAGAUUACGUCACCGUUGAUUUGAGACUGCCCGACGCCGAAAUUGCCCGCGUGCGAGCUGCCACCUGGUCCUCGCGUAUUAUCGGGACGGUCGACGUCGAGGGCCCAUCCCCGUCUGCGCCGUCUGCGACACCACCUCCCUCGUGGCACGACCCUGCCUGGCUGGCGUACUACCGCCGCGCCGUCGACCUUGGCUGCCAUGUCGCUCGCCUGACGCGCCGUGCCGUCGAGCUCAGCGACAACUUUGAGGUCUCCCAGUUCAUCUACAGCGCCAAGAUGUCCUCGUCCUCCCCCUCAACACCGGCCAUCCCUCUCAUCGCCUACAACACCGGCCCCAAGGGCCGCUUCUCUGCCUGCUUCAACACCGUCCUCACAUCCGUUGUUGCCGAGUCACCAGCAGCAGCGAUUUCUACCGUAAUCGGCUCGGCCAAUGCCGUAGACGCUGCCGACACACGGACACCCACCACGCCCACGUCUGACUUCGUCUCACGGCCAACACGCCCUCCGUCUCCGUCCGACUUUGCAUCCUCCUUAUCGUCCUCAUCCUCGUCUUCUCUCACCGCCCGCCAGGCCACUAUCGCCCUUGCGUCUGCCUUUGUCUACGAACCCAUGCGCCUCUACGUCUUUGGCGCGUACGUCGACUACAGCGUAUCGCCCGCCAUGCACCAUGCCGCCCUGGCCGCCUGUGGGCUGCCCCACACCUACCGUCCCAACUCCACGGACUCCAUGGAGCUCAUCAACACUCUGAUUCACGACCCGCGCUUUGGCGGCGCCUCCAUCGGUUUGCCCUUCAAGGUGUCGGCCAUCCGCCUCACCCACACGCUCAGCAGCCACGCCCGUGCCGUCGGCGCCAUCAACACCAUCGUCCCCAUCCGCCAGCUCAAGGCCGACGGCAGCGUCCCCGACUACGGCCAGAUUCUGACGACGCGCAACCAGUCGGGCCCCGUGCUCGCCAUUUACGGCGAGAACACGGACUGGAUCGGCAUUCGGGCCUGCAUCCGGCGGGGCCUGUCGCCGGCGAAUGCGGUCCGGCCAGGCAGCGUCGGCCUCGUGAUUGGCGCCGGCGGCAUGGCGCGCGCGGCCGUCUAUGCGAUGCUGCAGCUGGGCGUCAAGCAGAUUGUCGUCACGAACCGGACGGUGGCCAAUGCCGAGAAGAUGGUCGCCCACUUCACGGGCAUGCUCGACCGGGGCGAGAUGGCGUGGCUGAGCCGCGGCGAAGCCGCCGACCAGACGCAGACGCAGGCGCAGACGCAGACGCAGACGCAGACGCAGUUCCACGUCAUGCGCACGCACGACGACCCGUGGCCCACCGGCUUCCGGCUGCCCACCAUGAUCAUCUCGUGCAUUCCGACGCACCGCAUCGGCGCCGUCCCCGCCCCCGACCUCACGCUGCCGCCCGCCUGGUUCGGCAGCCCUACGGGCGGCGUGCUCGUGGAGCUGGCGUACAAGACGCUGCAGACGCCGCUGCUGAACCAAAGCCGCAAGUUGGCCCAGCAGGGGUGGGUCAGCAUGGACGGUCUGGACCUGCUGCCCGAGCAGGGGUUUGCGCAGUUUGAGCUGUUUACGGGGCGGCGGGCGCCACGGCGGUUGAUGCGGGAGGAGGUGUUUAAGGCGCACAAGGACGACCAGGGACGGUCGAACUUGCCGCAGCUACAGGGGCGGCUAGACAAUAUUGUGAACCAGGAGCCGUAG